CACCUACCAUGUGACCCAACAGUGAUUGACGUGCCAGCCAUGCAACAGAAGUUCUUGUUCAUGUUGGUGUGGUGAAGAGUGUAUUGAUCAAAAUGGACGAAACGAAGGUUAUAUACCACAUAGAUGACGAAGAUACGCCGUACCUAGUGAAGCUUCCUAAAAGUCCUACAGAUGUAACCCUCUCUGAUUUCAAAAAUGUGCUCAAUCGGCCGAGCUACAAGUUCUUCUUCAAGAGUAUGGACGAUGAUUUCGGUGUGGUCAAAGAGGAGAUAAGCGAUGAGGAGAUGAAUCUACCUUGUUUUAAUGGAAGGGUCGUUGCCUGGCUUGUCACCUCAGACACAAGUAGUGUUUCAGACACUGGCAGAGAUGAUCAACAAUCUGUUAUAUCUGCUGCGUCUGACCUGCAUCCUCCCAUGCCAAGAACAGUUGGUAUUGGGGAUUCAAGGCCACCUUCCUUCCACCCCCAUGGAGGACACUCGACAGCUGGCGAUUUUGACUCUGAAGUGGAUUCCACAGUUAGUUCUAGAAGAGGGUCAAGACGUAGAGAAAAACACAUAAACAGAAAUGAAGUGAUCCAUGGACGGCAUCGUCAAGGAGGAAGACAUGAAGGUGACAGAUAUGAGAGUGCAUCCAUGAUGAGUAGCGAUAUUGAAACAACAAGCUAUCAGGACUCUUCGGAUGAUCAAAGCAGUGUUUCAAGAUUUUCCAGCACAACAGAAGGAUCUCAGCUUCUUAGAGGAAGACAUAGGAGAAGGAGAAGGCGACCUAGGAUGCCUAGAGUUCAACGAUGUUCAUCGUUCAGUACAAUUACAGAAUCAACUAUGUCGCUCAACAUCAUAACAGUCACGCUAAAUAUGGAAAAAGUUAAUUUUCUAGGAAUAAGUAUUGUUGGGCAAAGCAACAAGAGAGGAGAUGGUGGAAUUUACGUUGGUUCCAUCAUGAAGGGGGGUGCAGUGGAUUUAGAUGGUAGAAUAGAACCUGGAGAUAUGCUUCUACAGGUCAAUGAUGUAAAUUUUGAGAAUAUGAGUAAUGAUGAUGCUGUACGAGUGUUGAGAGAAAUGGUUCAUAAGCCAGGACCUAUAACACUGACAGUGGCCAAGUGCUGGGAUCCAACACCAAAAGGAUAUUUCACAUUACCACCUAGUGAACCAGUUCGUCCAAUUGAUACCUCAGCAUGGGUUCAACAUACCACACAAAUGACUCAGUUUGGACCAACAGCUCAAUAUGGAAAACAGCCAAACAGCCAGUCACUUAGCACAGUGACAUCUACAAGUUCAUCAAUGACGAGUUCUUUACCAGAAUCAGACAUUAUAGGAUAUACGGAACUUCAUGAAGGCGAAGGACUCUCAGUAACCACAGACAUGAGCACAAUAGUUAAAACAAUGGCUGCACCAGACUCCGGGCUUGACAUUAGAGACAGGAUGUGGCUCAAAAUCACAAUUCCUAAUGCAUUUAUAGGAUCUGAUGUAGUAGACUGGCUUUAUUCACAUGUAGAAGGUUUUCAAGACAGACGAGAAGCAAGAAAAUAUGCCUGCAAUCUUUUAAAGGCUGGCUUCAUUCGUCACACAGUGAACAAGAUUACAUUCUCAGAACAGUGCUAUUAUGUAUUUGGAGAUCUUUGUGGAAAUAUGGCUGCCCUUUCAAUUAACGAACAUGAAGGUGAUGGUGACCAAGAUACUCUGGGACCCCUCCCUACUCAUCAACAGGGUAUCUCAUGGAUGUCAGGACCACCAAGUUACGGAUAUCAUCAAAUGCCGUCGUACCCACCUCCUCAACCCAUUGUUGACGCACAAACACCAGGAUACGCCCAGUCAUUUUACAGUGCACACAGUGGCAGUCAAAGCCCUCACAGUGCCAGUGGCAGUUCUAAAAGGAGCGGUGGAGGAGGCGGUGACCGCGGAGACGGUGAUCACAGAAGCAGUGGUGGAAGCAGUAGUGAGAAGAGUGGUAGUAGUAAAGGCAAAAGCAAAAGCAAAGAACGCGAGGCUCGCAGCGUAGAAGGAUCAGUUCAACUACCGCCCAUGCCAGGAGCUCCCCCUAUAGGAGUUCCCAUAGGAGUUCCCAUAGGAGUUCCCAUAGGAGUUCCUAUAGGAGCUCCGAUGCCUGGCGGUCCCCCUAUGCCGGGAAUUGCUAUGAUGCCAAGGCCUCUUGAUCAAGUACCUGAGAACGUCUCGGCUAGUAGGAACAGUUUUAGAAUGGCUAUGGGCAAUCCUUGUGAGUUCUUUGUAGACGUCAUGUAAUGAGGCAAAAGAUGUCCCACUACCAGCUACCAGACCGGCUAGUGAGCUUCACGAAUGACAGGCCAACGGAGGACCCACCCCAUCCGUAGGACGGUACUGCCUGAGAUGUGGCAGACUCUACACUCUACACACUUGCUUAGUUGUAACACCCACACCGCAAGUUGUAUCAAGCUUCAAUUUUUCUUUCUCGUGUGUCGGUUGAACACAGUAUUAUAGGUUAUCAAAAUUUACGCGUGGCGCCAAUUUCGGACAAAUUCUCGGAGCCAAGACGUUAAUUCUCAUUGUUAGUUAUUAUUUCUAUUUGUAUAUAGUGUGGCAAUUGGUGCUUUCGAGAGGUUAGGUUUGUACAGAAAUACAGCUUGAGUUAUUUUAAUGGCAAAGAGAACUUCGUUUUUAUGUAGUCUUUACAAAGAAAUUUUGACUUGCGAAACUAUUUUGGGACCUAGAGAGGUAAUAGAAAUUCUCAGUCUUCAACACCCCCGAGUAAUCGUGGGUCAGUUUUAUCUCUCCUGGCAUAGCUCACUAGAUUUUACUCAAGGCUGUAUUAAUUGAAUUGUCAAUAUAGUACGGUACAUGCAUAGCUAUAUAUACAAGGUUUCUCAUAUUUCUUGCCAAGCGUUAGCGAAUUCAAGUCAGAACACUUUCUUGAGGGGUGUCAUAACACAAGUUUUUAUUUUAGCCAAACCCGUCAACAGAGUGUUCAACAAGUUUCUUGAAUGGCCUGUGCGAGACAAAUUACUAAUGAUAGGCAAUGUAUGGAUCAAUUACUCUGGAAUGAAGCAAUUUUAAUGAGCGCAGUUUUGCAGUGUAAAGAAAACAGAUGGGUGUUAGCCCGUUAUUCUCUGGAGGUAAAUUUCUUUUGCCACUAAGCAAAUAAAAUGAUACAAACAAAAA